AAUGUCAUUUAAAGACUCGACAGUACUAAAACGCCGAGUAGGUUUAAGAGACUUGGACAUUUAUCUUCACAUGAACAAUGCAAGAUAUCUAUGGAAUUUGGAUUUUGUCAGAGUAUUCCAUGUAUUCGAAAUGGGAAUUUAUGAUCUACUUAAGCAAAAGUCAAUUAAACCGCAUUUCUUAUUGGCAUCAAGUACAAUUAGAUAUAGAAGAUCAUUAGCUUUUAUGGAAAAAUAUAGUAUUAUUUCAAAUAUGAAGUACUUUGACGAUAGAAACAUAUAUAUUCAACACAAUUUUGUAUCGGAUAAAGAUGGUUUUCUUAGUGCUACUGCUUAUGCUAAAAUAGCUUUACCAGUUUUAACACCUUUAGAAGCUUUGAAAGAAAUUACAAAUCUACCAGAAGAUCAACUUAAGAUGGAAUGUCCAGAAGAUUUAAAAGAUUGGAUAGAAUAUAUUAAUAAAUCCAGUAAUAUGUUGAAAGCUGCUAAAACUUCAAAUUAA